GCCUGUUUGGAUGUGGAAACAGCGACCUGAAACAGGGGCUCAGCUGUAAGGUGAUGGAUCGGUACCUACUCCUUGUGAUCUGGGGGGAAGGAAAAGUCCCGUCGGCGGCGGGUGAAGAGGCGGAGCAUGGUCCAGGGGCUUCGCCGGUUGAGGGUACUGAAAAGCAGCCAGACUUAAGGGCAGCAAAUGUUUAUCACCUCCUGAAAAGAAGCAUUAGUGCUUCACUUAAUCCAGAAGAUAGUACUUUCCCUGCCUGUUCAGUGGGUGGUAUACCUGGUUCCAAGAAGUGGUUCUUUGCAGUGCAGGCAAUAUGUGGAUUUUAUCAGUUUUGUAGCUCUGAUUGGAAAGAGAUUCAUUUUGGUACAGAAAAAGAUGAAAUUGAAGAUGUUCUUCAAACAAAUAUCGAAGACUGUCUGAGUGCUGUUGAGUGUUUUGAGGAAGAAGAUAGUAACAGCAGGGAGUCAUUAUCCUUGGCUGACCUAUAUGAGGAAUCUGCAGAAAAUUUGCAUCAGUUAUCAGACAAACUUCCUGCUCCUGGUAGAGCAAUGAUAGAUAUAAUACUGUUGCCUUCUGACAAAGAUCCUCCGAAAUUGAGAGACUGUUUACCUCCUGUAGGAGCCUUAAAACAUUUGAAGGAAUGGUAUUCUGCGAAAAUUACUAUAGCAGGAAAUCACUGUGAAAUAAGUUGUCAGAAAAUUGCAGAAUACCUUUCUGCUAAUGUUGUAUCUUUAGAAGAUCUCAAAAGUGCUAUUGAUUCAAAGGAGUUGUGGAGGGGGAAGAUUCGGAUAUGGGAAAGGAAGUUUGGAUGUGAAAUUAGCUUUCCUGAAUUUUGUUUAAAGGGAGUCACGCCUAAGAAUUUUAGUACAUCUAAUUUAAAAACUUGCUUUCUUGACAAAAAGAUAAUACCAUCAAAGGAUAAGAAUAUUUUGCCAAAGGUUUUUCAUUAUUAUGGCCCUGCUUUAGAAUUUGUGCAGAUGAUAAAGUUAACAGAUCUACCCUCCUGCUAUAUGUCGGACAUUGAAUUUGAGUUAGGAUUGACAAAAAAUAAUACCAAACAGAAUUCCAAGUUAAUGCUGGAGCAGAUUUCUUCUCUGUGUGGCAAGAUUGGUGCUCUUUUUGUAUUACCAUGUACCGUUAGUAGCAUACUUCCUCCACCUCCCAACCAACUCAGUUCAAGAAAAUGGAAGGAAUAUAUGGCUAAAAAGCCUAAGACAAUCAGUGUUCCAGAUGUCGAAGUGAAAGGAGAGGGUUCUAGCUAUUACCUCUUGUUACAAGGUGGUGAAAACAGAAAGUGUAAAGCCACACUGAUUCACUCAGCCAACCAGAUCAAUGGCUCAUUUGCACUCAGUUUAAUUCAUGGGAAGAUGAAAACAAGGACAGAAGAAACCAAACUGAACUUUCCUUUUGACUUCUUGUCACUUCCACAUUUCUCUGGAGAGCAACUAAUACAGAGAGAGAAACAGUUAGCUAAUGUUCAGGCUUUGGCUUUGACAGAAUGUUUGAAAAGGAGAAAGUUGGCCAAGCAGCCUGAAGUCUUUUCUGUUGAUGAACUCAAAAGUCUGUUAACACUCAAACGGAAAUGCUUUUUAGAUAAUUUUGAUGCUAUUGUUCCUAAAACAAUUCUAAUGAAGACAGACAAAACCUCAGGCAACACCUCCAGUAUGUCAAAUGACACCAGUUCAGUAGAAGCUAUUUCUUCAAGUCUAGUGGAAACCAAUCCUCUGGAGUGGCCAGAAAGGCAUGUUCUUCAAAAUUUGGAGACUUUUGAAAAAGCUAAACAGAAAAUGAGAACUGGCUCAUUACCUCGUUCAUCUGAACAGUUGCUGGGCCACAAGGAGGGUCCGCGGGAUUCAGUCACGUUAUUGGAUGCUAAAGAAUUGCUGAAAUUCUUUACUUCAGAUGGAUUACCAGUUGGAGAUCUUCAACCUUUACAGAUUCAAAAGGGGGAAAAGACUUUUGUUCUGACACCAGAACUUAGUCCUCGGAAACUUCAGGGUUUACCUUUUGAAAAAGCCUCUGUGUGUCAUUAUCAUGGAAUUGAAUACUGCUUGGAUGACCGAAAGGCACUAGAAAGAGAUGGGGGAUUUUCUGAACUUCAGUCUCGUCUUAUUCGUUAUGAAACUCAAACUACCUGCACCAGAGAAAGUUUUCCAGUGCCUACUGUGCUGAGCCCUCUUCCAUCUCCUGCACUUUUAUCAGAGCCUGGAAGUGUCCCUGAUGGGGAAGCUUUACAAAGUGAACUCCGGACUGAAGUAUCCCGAUUAAAAAGGAGACCAAGAGAUCUGAAUUGCCUUUAUCCCCCCAAAAGACUUGCAAAAUCUGAAAGUUCAGAUUCUCUUCUUUGUCAGACAAGUGGCAACAGUAAUCACCAUCAUCACUCAGUGACAUCCAGAAAGCCACGGGCAGAGAAAUCAUUGUCUGUGACUUGUCCGUCUGUUCCAGUUCUUGGCUCUGAAACUCCCAAAGUCACUACAAAGGCCAGUUCAGGUCAAAAAAAAGUGCACGAAUCAAAAAUAUCAAGGCCAACUAAGGAAUCAAGAUCACAGAAACACACACGGAUACUGAAAGAAGUAGUUACUGAAACCCUGAAGAAACACAGGAUUACGGAGGCUCAUGAAUGUUUCACUGCAUGCAGUCAGCGUCUCUUUGAGAUCUCUAAGUUCUAUCUGAAGGAUCUUAAAACUUCAAGGGGCCUAUUCGAAGAAAUGAAGAAAACAGCAAACAACAAUGUUGUUCAGGUGAUUGAAUGGGUAUUAGAAAAGACAAGCAAGAAAUAACACAGGAUCAUUCUCUUUGGAUAAUUAUAAAUUGGACAAAGCUAUUAUUUAUUACUUCCUUCCUUAGUUUGAAAAUCACAAAUUUCAAACUUUAUUCAAAGGAUAGGUGUUACAUCUUUAAAGAAUUUUAUAAAUAUCCUAUAUUUAUAUAGUUUUGAGGAUAGGCGGUUAAUGUAUUUUUAAUUGUGUACUUAUUUUAUAGUUCUACUAUAUUUUAAUUUUUAAAGUUAACAUUUUUCUAUAUGUUUUAAAAAUUUUACUCUUGGUUAUUUAAUUAUUCCAAUAAAUAGAAAAAGAUAUUUCUUUACUUCUUGGUAAAUGUCUUUGUUGUUAAGCAUAUUUAAAUUACGAAGUCUUAAGUAAGACAUUGCCAAUGGCUUUUCUCAUAUGUUGGGCCAGCAUGAUUGGCCCCUGAUUUAGAAAGUAUUGGCUAAAAAAUUCACACAAUUGGCCAUGUUCCUUUACCCCUGCCCUGGAGCCGCUGCUGUUGGAGCUGUUAAUGUUUAUUUGGGAUCAAAAUUGAAGAAAGAGCAAAAUUGUGAAAAUAAGACAUAGUGAAAAUGACUAAGUACAAACUCCCAGAAAAAAAUAUCUUUUCUCAUGGCAGAAAAUCUGGAAAGUGUGGGAAAUGUGGAAAUACAAAGAAGAGUGGGAAAAAUUUCCAACAUUGUCCUCACUAUAGGUAACACUGUGUUUAAAAUACUUUUGAAAUUGGGGUCAUACGUGUGUGUGUUUAUAUGUGUAAUAUGUGUGUAUAUAUGUGUAUUAAUUUAUAGCCUGCUUUUCACUUAACAAUGUGAUAUAACAAUAUGAUAUAACUUAAUAAUAUGAAAUGAACUUUAUAUCAUAUAUCAUUAUUUUAAUAAUUGCAUAAUACAAAUGAACCACAAUUGUGUAACCAUUGUUGG